AUGUCACAGCAGAAGCAGCAAUCUCAGGAGGCUCCAGGUGCUCUCAAGUGCUCUCCUCCUCACCACCCCAAGCUCUACCUGGCUCCCUGCUCUGUUCCUUGUGGGGCUUCCCAUUCAGGAGGCUGCUAUUCCUGCUCCCCAAAGCCCCAGGCUCAGAGCCCAGCCUGCCCCAGGAGGGCUCGCUGGAAGCCCAGCUGUCUCAGUGGUGGCACAGUGCACUGCUGCAAAGAGAAGGAGUGCUAAGGUGACCUGUUGCAGAGGAGUGGGGCACAGGGACGACUGCUCUCGCCUCACCCCGACCUCAUGUGCUAA